UAAAUCUUUUGGUAAAGGACUAUUUCUUUUCUUUUCCUCCCAAUUCCUUCGGUCUCUCUCCUCGUUCUUCUUCUCCCAUCUUUUUAACUCUCAUCUCAAUUGAAGUUUGCACUUUGAAUACUUCAUUGAAGCGGCUUCUUAGCUUUCUCUCGUUUCAUUGAAGCAGCUUCUUAGGGUUUAUCGAAUUUCAGCUUGUAAGUGAAUAACCCGCUCGCCAAAUCGUCAAUUACCUGACCAGCCAAAUAAGGCAUUGUUAUCAUCUACAAUUUCAUUUCGUUAAUUAUGGCUUCCUUAGAUGAUGCUGAUGACAAGGCUAAGUCGCCUUCCUCGCCAAAAGAUGUCUAUAAGGAUCCAGAUGAUGGGCGCCAACGCUUUUUGCUUGAAUUGGAAUUUGUUCAGUGUCUUGCAAAUCCAACUUACAUCCAUUUAUUUACAUGUGCAGAUUUGGCUCAGAAUCGUUACUUUGAAGAUGAAGCUUUCAUUGGUUAUCUGAAAUACCUUCAGUAUUGGCAGCGGCCUGAGUAUUUAAAAUUUAUUAUGUAUCCGCACUGCUUGUACUUCCUCGAACUUUUACAAAAUGCUAACUUCCGCAAUGCUAUGGCUCAUCCGGGGAGCAAAGAAGUGGCACACAGACAACAGUUUUAUUUCUGGAAAAAUUACAGAAACAAUAGGCUGAAGCACAUUUUGCCAAGAUCCCUUCCUGAACCUGCUCCUGCACUUCCAGCUUCAACUGCUGCGCCAUCAUCCAUUCCUCCUGCUAUUCCUCCCACAUCUGCUCCCUCUCCAGCUCUAUCUCCAAUGCAAUAUGCAAUCCCUCCUGGAUCUGGUGUUGCAAAAAAUGAUACAAGAAACAGCGGUAUUGAUAGAAGAAAGAGAAAGAAAGAAGGAUAGCAUCUUGAUUACUGGAUUUGUUAUUGGUGGAUUGAAUCUCAACCAUUCUAGGAAGCAGGAGUUUGUUUAGACUACUUGUCACCAAUGGUAAACCACCACUUUAUAUCUCUUGUUUUAGCAUAUCAAAUCUUUCCUUUCAUCAAUCAAACAUCUCAAACAAACAAUAUCUUAAAGUAAUAGUACUUAGAAAGUGGACUUAAAGUCCUCUCUAACAAAGCUUUCCAGGAAAAAAAAAGAGGAAAAUUUUGUUCUUUCGAACUAGUAAUGGUAGAACCUUAUUGACAAAUGUUGCUUAUAUGCAUUGGUGUCUUAAAGCCUUCUAAAAUCCCUGCAUUGUAAGAAUUAGUGUACCUACUAAUCUUUUGAGAGAAUUUCCUCUCAAUGCCUUUUUGGCAUUGUCAUAUGGAGUACGACAAGAGGGGAUGAACUUGAUUGUAGAAAACUCUUCUCAUGUUUCUCUAGUUAAUGUUGCUAAUUGUUGUGUAAAUAUGACACAUCUUUUUCCCUUGUUGGUA